AUGACCAUCAGUCAAUCCGACCCAAUUAUCAUCGUGGGCGCCGGCGCGUUUGGACUGUCCACGGCCUACCACCUAUCACUGGCCGGUUACACAAACAUAUCCGUCUUCGACAAGCACGAGCAGAUCCCCCCUCGGGAUUCCGCGGCCAACGAUAUCAACAAGAUCUUCAGGGCCGAGUACGAAGACUCCUUCUAUACGAACCUCACUAUUAAAGCUGCUGCAGCAUGGCAAACGCCGCUUUUCGCACCGUCCUUCCACCGGACUGGUUUCCUCCACUGCGUCUCGGCCAGGGCUCCUGAACGAGCGGCCGAGACUCUUCAGAGAUUCCAAAAGGCAUCGGAAGACCACCCGCUCCUGGCAAAACAUGUGGUCCCCAUCAACGGGGGGAAAGACAUCAACCAUAACGUCUGGCAGUAUGGUGAGGGCCCCUGUUCCGGCUGGAAGGGCUACCUCAACCGCUUCGAUGGCUACGUGCAUUCGGGAAACGCCUUGAUUGCGCUCUACAACGCGACCCGGGUCCGUGGGGUCAAGUUCUUCCUCGGCCAACACGGUGCCGUAGAGGAAGUUGUCUACCAAACCUCCUCCGAAGGGAGGAAAGCUACCGGCAUCAAGACACAAGCGGGCCACCACGUGCCAUCCAAGCUCGUCAUUGUCGCCGUGGGAGCGGCCGCGGCGAGGUUGGUACCGGAGUGCAGCAGGCAAGUCGUGGCCAAGUCGUGGUCCGUAGCCCACGUCGAGCUCACCGACGAGGAGACCUCCGCCCUCCGGGGCAUCCCAGUCACCUACGCCCGCGAUCUCGGGUUCUACUUCGAGCCUGACCCCAAGACCAACCUGCUCAAGCUGUGCCCCAUGGGCGGGGGCUACAUCAACACGGACCCGAAGACGGGCGUCUCGCUGCCGCCGGCGUACGAGGAGAGCCAGUUCAUGCCGCUCCACGACCAGCAAAAGGUGCGGCAACUCCUCGCCGAGACCCUCCCGGCCCUCAAAGAUCGGCCCCUCGUCAAGCAGACCAUCUGUUGGUUCGCGGACACGGCGGACUCGGAAUUCGUCAUCGACUACGUGCCUGAGUCGAACGGCUCGGUGGUGCUCAUGUCUGGCGACUCGGGGCACGCGGCCAAGUUGAUCCCUCUCGUCGGAGACUGGGUCAAGAGCCUGCUCGAGGCGCCGGACAAUAAGCAGCCCGUGGAGAGGUGGCGCUGGAAGGAGCCUAAGGCGAAUGGGGAUGGAAAAUGGGGUGAUACCGUCAGUUGGCGUCUGGGGAGUACCGUCGAGUUUGCCGAGAUCCGCAAGGCGAGAACGUCGAAGUUGUAA